AUGACUAACGUACAAUUGAAUGGAUCCCUAGCGGACCCUUGGAUCGUUGAGCAGGUGGCUAAUUUAGAACAACUCUCCUUACCACAAGUGCUUGAAUUGAAAUCUCAUAUUGAAAGUGAGUUGGAUCGUAAUUUUGAUCGUUUGAAAGGUCAUGGAGCAGACUUGAGUUCUCCAUUAAUUACUGAAGAUGGGUUCCCAAGACAGGACAUCGACGUUCUGGAAGUACGUCUACUGAGAAACUAUUUGAAUAUGCUUAGAAAUGACCUGCGAGCAGUCAUUGAUCGAUCACAACCGCUACUAGCGACUCAUUCCAGUCUGCCCGUCGCCAGCCAGACCACUUCCACUCCAACUGCUUUUGCAGAGAUUUACGGCCUCAUCCCACGAAGUCCCAUGCACUCCGCUGGGUGCCAAAACGGUGACAAAUUGGUUUCUGUGGCCUCUGUCAAUGCUACAAACCAUUCAAAUCUAUCAUUCUUACAACAAACUAUACAGGGAAACGCGAACGUUGCCCUACCUCUGCGCAUACUUAGAGAAGGUCAAGUGCUCGAUCUCACAGUGACUCCGACAGACACAUGGGGAGGAUCCGGUUUACUAGGUGCUCGUUUUAAGCUGAUUUAA